AGCUUUUUGUUUCGGUGCGCCUGCAAUGACUCUGUGGAGAGUGGGGGGGCGGCUCGGGCGCAGCAGUCACAGAGGCUGUGGGCGGAGACGGCACGAGGAGGUGGAGGCAGAGGAGUGGCGGGCGCGGGCAGGGGCACGCGGCCCCACGCCGUGCCAUGCGGCUUCGGCAGGGGGGCGACACACCUUUCAAGGACCAUGCCCCGCUCGUCGCGAGGUUCAAGAGGUUUGACGUGUAUUCCAAGGUACACGAUGAUUACCGGGUCAAGACGAAGAGCGGCGGCUUGAUAUCUGUGGUUGCGAUUAUAAUCAUGCUCAUUCUGUUCACUUCGGAGUUGAACUCGUACCUCACCGUCGAGGUGGUGGACCACAUCGUGGUGGACACCGCGCUGAACGAGAAGCUGCCGAUCGGCCUGAACAUCACGUUCCCGCACCUCCGCUGCGACGAGGUCUCUGUCGACACAGUGGACUCCACGGGCGAAAACCAGGUGGACAUUGCCGGGGAUCUGACGAAGCUCAACCUGGACCGG